GAACCAAUAGAUCUCGGCCACGUAGACAAAUACCCACUCUACGUAACCGUUAACAUUUCCCGGGCCUUGUCGCCCCAAAUAUUCCCGGAUUCAUUUCUUCAUUCCCUCUUCGCCAGUUCUCUCGCUCUUCCUCUCUCUCCCUCCCUCGCCCCCAAAGACCGAAACCCUUGUCUUCCGUGUAGGAGACCCCAAUGGCGGCCGGGAACCAAGACGGCGGUCGAUCGGCGCUGAUCUUUCUCGGAACCGGGUGCUCCGGCUCCGUUCCCAACGCAAUGUGCCUGAUCCAGGCCUCCGAUCCCUGCCACGUCUGCGCUCAGGCGCUCUCCAUCCCCCCGGACCAAAACCCUAAUUACCGGUGCAAUACGUCGCUUUUGAUUGAUCGUUGCGGAAGCGAUGGUAACCACAGCUACAUAUUGAUCGAUGUCGGAAAGACUUUCCGGGAGCAAGUGCUUCGAUGGUUCACUCGCUAUAAGAUUCCGAGAGUUGAUUCUAUUAUUUUGACUCAUGAACAUGCUGAUGCAGUUCUUGGUCUGGAUGAUAUACGUGCCAUUCAACCACAUAGUCCCACAAAUGACAUUGAUCCUACUCCCAUCUACCUAAGUCAUUAUGCAAUGGAGAGCGUUGCAGUGAAAUUUCCUUACCUGAUUAAGAAAAAACUUGUUGAAGGUCAAGAAGUGAGACGAGUAGCACAACUUGACUGGAGGAUAAUUGAGGAGAGUAUUGAAACACCGUUUCUUGUGUCAGACCUACAAUUUGUUCCUUUGCCAGUGAUGCAUGGGGAGGAUUAUAUUUGUUUGGGUUAUCUAUUUGGUGAAAGAUGUAGAAUAGCGUAUAUAUCUGACGUUUCACGCUUUCCUGCAAGCACGGAACAUGUUAUUUCGAAAGAUGGAGCUGGACAGUUGGAUCUUCUUAUCUUGGACACACUAUACAAGACUGGAUCCCAUAAUGUUCACCUUUGCCUCCCACAGACUCUUGAAGCUGUGAAGAGGAUUUGUCCCAAAAAAGCCCUUUUAAUUGGAAUGAAUCAUCAGUUUGAUCACCACGUAGACAAUAAGUUUCUUAUGGAAUGGUCUGAGAGGUUAUGGAACUACUUUUUGCAAUUCACUUUCUGUACAGGUAAGAAAUAUCGUUACUUAAAGAAACUUACGCUUUCAACUUUUCUGUUGUUUGCAUAUAGGGAAGGCAUUCAAGUGCAGCUUGCGCAUGAUGGUUUGAGAGUGCCCGUAGACCUAUGAAAGGUGCGCCGUGAAACAUUAGGUGAAUUUUGGUAUUAAUGCAAGUUAAUGCUGUUGUACAUGAAGAUGAAUAUACCAUAUAACAGUUUCCAUCCCCAUGUUGAUGGGAGGAAAGCAGAUGCAUGCCAUAUUCUUGAAGUCCAUACUUGUUGGUUGUAUCAACCAGUGUCCCUGAAGAGGUAGAAUAAUUUUACAAGGAUUUUAGAACAGUUUGUUCACCAAAACCCACUUCACUUCGACGGCAGACGGAAACUUUACGCUCACCAAACUUGUAGCCUACAUUUACGUUAAUACAGUGUGAUGUUACAGCAUUUGAUCAUUAACUAUUUCAAUAAUCAUUUAAUAUUGAAUGAUUACGCAUUCUGGGUAGAGAGAAAUUUAGCUACUACUACUGGGUGUUAGAAUGCGGUAAUCCAAGACAAGUUUGCAUUGCCACGCGUUUUAACUUUUUCUACUUGACUGUGUAAUUGACUUGAGAUAUUGUUACAAUCACAUUUCGUUGCAUGGAA